AUGCCUCCUAAACCUAGACCUAAUCUCCCUGUUGAUCUCAUUCUUGAUGCCGAACAACGAAUGGCAGUUGAAGAAAUGGGCGGACGAGAAGCAACUUUCAAUCUUCUUGGGGAUAAUCAAAGUAGUCUUGCUUAUAUUCAAGCACUCGUCGAUAAGAAAAAGACUGAAAUGGAAAAAUCGGAAAUCGAAUUUCAGGCUAUUAAUUUUGUAGCCUAUCUUGCUGUUCUUAUUUGUUUAACUUUUCUUAAGGCAACAAUAUAUAAAUAUGAUGAGGAAAAAUUAAAUUUGAUCAUUGAGAGCAACCAUCCGAAAAACCUUGAAGCGCUAUCUACCGGCCAAAAAUAG